AUGUCACUGUGGCAGGAAGCCAUCCAUGCACUAGAAGAAGCUGUGAUGGUGGCUGUUGUGGACCACCUCCAUGGAGGCUGUGUGAGGAUCUCCCCCAAUGUGGACGAGUGUGCAACAGACUCCCACCAGUGCAACCCUACCCAGAUCUGCAUCAACACGGAAGGAGGGUACACCUGCUCCUGCACCGAAGGGUAUUGGCUUCUGGAAGGCCAGUGCUUAGACAUUGAUGAAUGUCGCUAUGGUUACUGCCAGCAGCUCUGUGCAAAUGUUCCUGGAUCUUAUUCCUGUACGUGCAACCCUGGUUUUACCCUCAAUGAGGAUGGAAGGUCUUGCCAAGACGUAAACGAAUGUGCAACUGAGAAUCCCUGCGUGCAAACCUGUGUCAACACCUAUGGCUCUUUCAUCUGCCGCUGUGACCCAGGAUAUGAACUUGCGGAUGAUGGUGUUCACUGCAGUGAUAUGGACGAGUGCAGCUUCUCUGAGUUCCUCUGCCAACAUGAGUGUGUGAACCAGCCCGGCACAUACUACUGCUCCUGCCCUACAGGCUACAUCCUGCUGGAUGACAACCGAAGCUGCCAGGACAUCAAUGAGUGUGAGCACAGAAACCACACAUGCAACCUGCAGCAGACUUGCUACAAUUUGCAAGGAGGCUUCAAAUGCAUUGACCCCAUCCGCUGUGAGGAGCCUUAUCUGCAAAUCAGUGAUAACCGCUGUAUGUGUCCUGCUGAGAAUCCUGGCUGCAGAGACCAGCCCUUUACCAUCUUGUACCGAGACAUGGAUGUGGUGUCAGGACGCUCCGUUCCCACUGACAUCUUCCAGAUGCAAGCAACGACCCGCUACCCUGGGGCCUAUUACAUUUUCCAGAUCAAAUCUGGGAAUGAGGGCAGAGAAUUCUAUAUGCGGCAAACGGGCCCCAUCAGUGCCACCCUGGUGAUGACACGCCCCAUCAAAGGGCCCAGGGAUAUCCAGCUGGACUUGGAAAUGAUCACUGUCAACACCGUCAUCAACUUCAGAGGCAGCUCUGUGAUCCGACUGAGGAUAUAUGUGUCGCAGUACCCAUUCUGAGCCCCGGGCUAGAGCCUCUGACACUGCCUCUCACCAGCACCAAGGGACAGGAGAAGAGAGGAAACAAGAGAGAGAAUGAGAGCGAGAGGGAUGUUACGCUUUCCUGCUGAACGUUGCCCUGAGGAGUCAGCCUGGAUGUCCCCCACCUGUACUAUUGCAGACCCGUCACUCUGAAGGGCAUGCCGCCCCCAGUGCCUAUGAUGCAGUUACCAAAAAGUAUUAUCAUGCACCCCUCGAUGUGAGGGCCUCGGUGAUUUUUCAAGGCCUUCAGUUUAUUUCCGUAUUUUCCAAAGAAAACAGAUUAGGUUUGCUGGGGUGUGAGUCUGUGUUGAAAGACUGUGAACAGCUUGCUCUCACUCUUCCACGCCUUUUUUCUCUCUCUCGCUGCGUUGCUGCUUUGCUGAGGCCCCAAGAGCUCAUGGGGAACACUGGGUAUAGCUAGUUCGCUUCUUGCGUGUACUGAGAAGGCUAUGGAAACAAACCACAGCAGGAUCUAAGACUUUUUAAAGAGUCUAUUUCAAAACCAUGUCUGGUAUUUUCAGCCAUAAAGAAAGUUCAGUUGUCCUUAAAUUUGUAUAACUGUUUAUUACUUUCUUGUUCAUUUUGAGUAUUUUUUUUUUUAAAUAAGUGGUAGAAUUCCUUCAAAAGGCUUUCAGAUACAUGUUAUAUUCUGUCUUCCCAAACCCAGUCUCCUCUCCAUUUUAGCCCAUUGUUUUCUUUGAGGACCACUUAAUCAUGCUUUCUUUAGAAUUUCUACCCAACUGGGUUGGAAGGCAGAGGUCUCCAAACUGAUUAAAUAUUUGAAGAGAU